AUGCGACGCACCAGCCCUAUCACGUUGCUUCUGGCGGCCCUCCUCGCCUUCGGAUUCCUUUGCUUCUUGCUUUCUCCGUCUCCCACCUCAUCCUCCGCCUCCGCCGCCUCCGUCCCCGUCGCCGACUCGUCGCAACAGCUCCGCGAAGACGCUGCGCAGAAUCCUCUCUCGCCACCCACAAAACCAUUUCUCAAGGAACAGCCAAUUCGCAACGAUGGCGUCCAAGCGCCCCCUCCCGUCGUCCACUACAACCUCAACAGCCUCACCAGCACCGACAAUGCCGCCGGCAUGAGCGAACGAGUCCUCAUCCUCACCCCCCUCGCGCGCUUCUACCCCGAAUUCUGGGCCAACGUCGAAAAGCUGAGUUACCCGCACGCUCUGAUAUCCAUCGGCUUCAUCGUGCCUCGCACCAAGGAGGGAAACGCAGCGGUCGCGGCCCUCGAGGAGGCCAUCGCAAAGACGCAAUCCGGACCCGUGGACUCCCGCUUCGCCAGCAUCUCCAUCUUGCGCCAGGACUUCGAGCCCCCACUACAGUCGCAGGAUGAGAAGGAGCGGCAUAAAAUGGCGAACCAGAAAGCGCGUCGUGAGUCCAUGAGUCGCGCCCGCAACAGCUUGGUCUUCACGACUCUCGGUCCCAGCACAUCGUGGGUUCUGUGGCUGGACGCCGAUAUUAUCGAGACACCGCGGUCCUUGAUCCAGGAUCUCACGCACCAUGAUAAGCCGGUCAUCGUUCCAAACUGUUUCCAGCGCUAUUAUAACACCGAUACGAAGCGCAACGAUGUGCGCCCGUACGACUUUAACUCCUGGAUCGAUAGCUCCACGGCCCAAUCCUUGGCUGACGCCAUGGACCCGGACGAGAUCCUUCUCGAGGGAUAUUACGAGAUGCCGACGUAUCGGUCCCUGAUGGCCUACAUGGCCGAUCAGAGAAACCCCGACCCGCGGCGCGAGAUCGAGCUGGACGGCGUCGGUGGCACCGCGCUCUUGGUCAAGGCCGAUGUGCAUCGUGACGGCGCCAUGUUCCCUGCUUUCCCGUUCUAUCACUUGGUCGAGACUGAGGGCUUCGCCAAGAUGGCGAAGCGUCUGGGUUAUUCGGUGUUUGGGUUACCUGAUUAUUUUGUAUAUCACUAUAACGAGUGA